AUGUUGAGCGUAUUUCUGUCAAUAUAUAUUGGAUGGUUAUUGGGCCUAGUAUUAACUACUGUAUUCCUCAUUGUUUGCGGAUAUGGCUGGGGACCAUUACCGCAUUUAUACAUUAGGCUUAUAAAAUUUGUGCAAAGUUUUUAUCCAUAUAGUUAUCCACAAGCUGAUGCAUUAUGGCCAGCAAUUAUCAAACGAUGUGAUAUGUCAUUACUUCGAAAACAUCCUAAUGAUUCACUAUCUUCAUUUCACUUCAGUGAAAUUCCAAUGAUAAAUGCAUUUUAUGUUUGCUCGGAUGCAUUCAAAGCUGGCUUUGAAGCAAUUGUUCAGGAUCAAUUGAGUGUUGCAUUUGAUCCGGCUCCAUCAUUCUGUAUUACAUUACUGGAACGUCCUGAUCGAUUACCACUUCCGGAUGCAAAAUUUCGUAUUUCACGACGACAUAUUUUUGGUUAUUUUGUUGCAUUAAUAUUUCGUUAUGGUAUUCUAUUACCUAUACGAGUAUGUUUAUUGCUUAUUUCACUCAUUUUCUCCACAACUGCUAUUAUCGCUAAUUAUUUCAUUGAUAUGACUAAUGAGCAGAAAUUACGCAUCAGUUUAAUGAACUGUCGAUUAUUUUGUGCUGGAAUUGGCCUUAUAGCUAAAUAUCAUAAUCGUCAAUAUAGGCCUAAACAACAAGGUAUUGCAGUGGCGAAUCAUUUAUCACCAAAUGAUAUACAGGCACUUUAUGCAGAUAUUGACCCCAAUAAUAGUUACGGUUUUAUAGUAACCGGUCAACGUCAAACUGGUAUUAUUCGACUUAUUGAAAUUAUUGGCGAAAAAAUUAUUCCAGCAUUAUGGCUCGAUCGAAAUUCCGCCGCAGAUCGCAAACGUUUUGUGGAUGAAGUAUUUCAAAAAGCGAAGACUAGUAAUCCGGUGCUGCUAUUUCCCGAAGGUUCUUGCACGAAUAACACACGUGUUUUACGAUUUCGAAAAGCUAUUUUCGAAGAGAAUGUUGUUAUUUACCCUAUCGCAAUAAGGCAGAAUGCACGUUUUGGAGAUUCAUUUUGGGCGGAACCAAAAUUUUGGCGAUAUUUACUACGCAUAGUUACAUCAUGGGCAAUAGUUUACGAUGUUACAUAUUUGGAGCCGCAACGUAAACGACCUGAUGAAAGUAAUCAAGACUUUUCACAACGAGUCCAAAAAGCCAUAGCUGAAACUGCGGAUAUCGAAAGUAUCGCAUUAGAUUAUCGCUUAUGGUACAUGAAAAGUGAACAACAGAGGCUGAAAACGCUGCAAAUGAAAAAUUUAGCAAAACGCUUUAAAGAUUUCGUUACUGAACAAACAAGCCAUGAGAGGUCAAUUGGAAAAUGA